GUGGUUGUGGUGCUCCUACAAGGUUACGCUUUGCUGAGCUAAAUGAGGAGCAUAAAAAUGAGAUUGAUUUUUCUGUUGGGAAGACUGUGCAAUACACUUGCCGCCCUGGAUACGCUAAACACCCAGAAAUGUCACCUACUAUUACAUGCCUUGAGAGCGGAGUGUGGUCAGAAGCACUAGAGUUCUGUAUCCCUUGUGAGCCGCCUCCGGACAUUCCCAAUGGGAAGCACACGGGCAGGCUGCUGGAUGAAUUCCACUUCGGCACAUCUGUAACAUACACCUGCAACCCCGGGUACCCGCUCCGCGGAGAGCCCUCCAUCUACUGCACCACCGAGGAUGGGAAAAACGGCGUCUGGAGCGGGCCACCCCCGCAGUGCGGAGAGGCAAGAUGUCCUGUCCCACAGGUCAAGAAUGGGAGAAUAGUGUCUCCUAGGACUGCCUACACACACAAGGAUACCAUUGCCUUUGAGUGUGAGCCAGGCUAUGUUCUACACGGCCAGAGUGUGGUACAGUGCCAACUAAAUAACACCUGGGAGCCACCCGUGCCAGUGUGCGAGCAGGCUGGCUGCAAUGCACCUACCAGACUGGCGUUUGCUGAGCUGAAGGAGCCGUACAGCAACCAGACCAUCUUUCCCGUGGGGAGGAAGGUGGAAUACGUGUGCUGGCCUGGGUACACCUGGCACCCGGGCAUGCCGCCGGCCAUCACAUGCCUCAGGAAUCGGACAUGGUCUCCAGCGCAGGAGUUCUGUAAAAGGAAACAAUGUGCUAACCCAGGGGAUCCGGAGAAUGGCAGAGCUGUUGUCCUGACGGACCUCCUCUUCGGGUCCAAAGUGAAUUACACUUGUAACGAGGGGUACAAGCUGGUUGGAGGCUCUCAGAGAACAUGCGAGGUCUCUGGCACACAUGUCUCGUGGAGUGGAGAUGCUCCUGUCUGCCAGCGUAUCACCUGCGAUCCGCCUCCGGACAUCCCCCACGGGAGACACAGCGGGCACUUGACGGGCACCUUCUCCUACGCGGACGUGGUCAUCUACACCUGCGACUCCGGCCACCCGCUGGCUGGAGAGCCCUCCAUCUUCUGCACCACGGUGGACGGGGAGCACGGCGUGUGGAGCGGGCCACCGCCGCGGUGCGGAGAGGUGAAGUGUCCUCCCCCUCCAGGCAUCGCCAACGGGAAUCACAGCGGCCAGUCCUUGGACACCCACCUUCCAGGCUCGGCUGUGCAGUACACCUGCAGGGAUGGCUACUCCCUCAUCGGGAACGCCUCCAUCAGCUGUACCGCCAAGGGGACAUGGAGCCGGCCCCGGCCCCGCUGUGAAGCAACCGGCUGCAAAAGACCAGAGAUCGCAAACGGAAGAACGACUGGGCUGGAGACCAUGUACAGACUCGCAGACAUCAUUGUCUUCGAAUGCGAUUUUGGUUACGCCUUGAAGGGCUCUCAAGAGUCUCAGUGCCAGUUUGGGGGCACAUGGGACCCUCCUGUGCCCGUCUGUGAAAAGAUGCUACAGUGUCCUUCCCCUCCAAAUAUCAAAAAUGGACAGCACGAGAGCAAGGAUGUGAAAGUGUUCAUCCCUGGAACAUCAGUGAAGUACUACUGUGACCCGGGGUAUGUCCUCACUGGGAAAACAACAGUUUUUUGUUUGAAAUCCGGAACCUGGAGCAUCCCUUACCCCCGGUGUGAAGUGCUGCCUUGUCCUCCACCUCCCAUCAUCGCCCACGCCACGCACAGCGCAGAGCUCGGGGCAAACUUCACCAGCGGCAUGUCCGUGAGCUACAGCUGCCAGCCUGGCUUCUCCCUCCUCGGAGACCCCUCUGUCUUGUGCACGGCCUCGGGGAACUGGAGCCUCCCGUACCCACGCUGCGCAGCUGGCUGUGGGACACCAACAACGUUAUUUUUUGCUGAGCUAAACAAGGAGUAUAAAAAUCAGACUGAGUUUUCUGUUGGGAAGACCGUGAAGUACACUUGUCGGCCUGGAUACAUAAAACAUCCACAGAUAUCACCGACUAUCACAUGUCUUGAAAAUCAAACAUGGUCUGAAGCCCAGGAGUUUUGCAAACGUAUCACCUGCGACCCGCCUCCGGACAUCCCCCACGGGAGACACAGCGGGCACUUGACGGGCACCUUCUCCUACGCGGACGUGGUCAUCUACACCUGCGACUCCGGCCACCCGCUGGCUGGAGAGCCCUCCCUCCUCUGCACCACCGAUCUCCCCCUGCGACUCCGGCCACCCGCUGUGCUGCAAUGUCCUUCACCUCCAAAUAUUGACAAAGGAAAGCACAACAGCCAGGACUUGGAAGUUUUCACUACUGGGAUGGUCGUAAAUUACAGCUGUGACCCUGGCUACAGCCUCCUGGGAGAGGCAUCAAUUUACUGCACUGACUCUGGAAACUGGAGCCUCCCUCUUCCUCAGUGUGCAGGGAAGCAAUGUAAAUACCCAGAAACACCAAAGAACGGCAGAGUUGUUGUUCUGACAGAUCUCCUUUUUGGGUCAACCGUGAGCUACACAUGUGAAGAAGGAUUACUCUGCAAACUUCAGUUUCAGUCUGCCUUCUCAGAUGGCCACCCAGCAGGAGCUGGGAGUGCAAGCAAGCACGUGCUGCAAGGAGGCUCCAGCGGCACCGACUGGUUGGAGUAUCUCAUAGGCGAUGUGAGACUUUUGGACCAGAUGUCGCAUGGAGUGGUGUUCUUCCCAUUUGUCAGAGUAAUAGUGAAGUGUCUGCCUCCUCCAAGCAUUACUAAUGGGGAACACAGCAGUCAUUUCUCAGACACUUUUGAUGUAGGAGCACUUGUGCACUACCGCUGCAAACAUGGCUUCUCCCUCAUUGGUAAUAAGUCCGUUCGUUGUACAACAUACGGAGUCUGGAGCCACCCCCUUCCUCGGUGUGAAGUUGGCUGUGUGAGCCCAGGAGUUGGGAAUGGAAAAGCAAUCAGAUUGGAGUCCCUCUAUAGGCCUGGAGACAUCAUUACCAUUGAAUGCAACACUGCUAAUGUCCCCAAAGACCUCCACAAGUCCCAGUGCAGGCUAGGGGGCACAUGGGAUCCUCCACUCCCUGUCUGUGAUUUAGUGCUGCACUGUUCCAAGCCUGCAGAUAUUGCCCAUGGGUCUUUCAGUGGCCCGGCAAAAGCAUUUUUCACUCCUGGAACAUCUGUAAGAUACACCUGUGAGCCCGGCUUCUCUCUCAUUGGGACAGCAUCCAUUUAUUGCACAGAGUCUGGAGGCUGGAGCCAUCCUUCUCCAGUCUGUCAAGCUGUGAAGUGUCUCCAUCCUCCAAACAUCACCAACGGGAAGCUCAAAGGCAACAUCUCUGACACUUUUUCCUAUGGAGCAUCUGUAUCCUACAGCUGUAAUCCUGGUUAUUCACUCGUUGGGAAUGCUUUCAUCAACUGCACGGUGUCAGGAACCUGGAGCCAGCCGCCUCCUCAGUGCAAAGAGAUCAGAUGUGUAUUCCCCGAAGUUCAAGGUGUUAAGAAAGCCAUAAAAGGAAAUACUUAUCGCUCUGGGACUAACAUCACUCUUGAAUGUGAUGAUGGUUACACGUUGGAAGGCAUCAGUCAGAUUCAGUGCCAAGAGGACUUCAGCUGGGACCCUCCUGUACCAGCCUGUAAACUAACGUCACGCAAGUCUGGUUCAGUAGGCCUAGGAGUUGCAGCUGCAGGAGUCCUGCUUCUCCUGGGGGCAGGCAUUGUCUGGAAAAUUAUUUCUAAGCAGAAGGAAGGCUAUUAUCACACAUAUGAAAACUACAAUUGCCAAACCCCUCUGAACCAAAUAACUGAACAGAAAUGUUCAUGUCUUCCAUAG